ACAGAGUUUCCCCUGCCAUCCUGAAGCAUUGUGGUACUGAGCUGGCUCCAGUGUUCACGCACAUCUUCAAUGCUUCCUUGGUGUCCUGUCAUGUUCCUGCCUGCUUUAAGUCCUCCACUAUCAUUCCUGUUCCCAAGAAGGCCAGGCUCACAGCACUGAAUGACUACAGACCGGUGGCACUGACGUCUGUGGUCAUGAAGUCCUUUGAGCGCCUGGUUCUCUCUCACCUGAAAUCUAUCACUGCUUCUCACCUGGACUCAUUGCAGUUUGCCUACAGAGCCAACAGAUCUGUGGACGAUGCAGUGAACCAGGCCCUUCAUUUCAUUCCGCAGCAUCUGGACUCCCCAGGAACCUAUGCCAAGUUCCUGUUUGUAGACUUCAGCUCUGCUUUUAACACAAUUCUUCCAGCUCUGCUUGAAGACAAGCUUCGCCAGCUCAACGUGCCUUACAGACUUCCUGACCAGCCCGACCCAGCGAGUGUGGCUGGGGACGACUGUCUCCGACACUCGGACCCUCAACAUCGGGUCUCCUCAGGUCUGUGUUCUCUCUCCAUGGCUCUUCUCUGCUGCACCUCCAGCCACCAGUCCGUGAAGUUGAUCAAGUUUGCGGAUGACAACACCAUCAUCAGGCUCAUCUCAUAUGGAGAUGAGUCAGCUUACAGGAGGGAACCACCAUCACUGAGGACCAACCAUCAGGUCCCUUGUCAGGAAGGCCCAGCAGAGAGUGCUCUUUUUGAGGCAGCUACGAAAACUACCAUUACCGAUAAAGUUGCUGGUGGAAUUCUACACGGCCAUCAUCCAGUCCAUCCUCACCUCCUCUAUGACCGUCUGGUACAACAGCGCCACCUCUUCAGGACCUGUAUGUCUCCAGGACCCAGAGACGUGCAGUUCGGAUUAGAGCCUACCUUUCUCAUCCUGGACAUGGACUGUUUGUCCCUCUUCCCUCUGGCAGGAGGCUACGGUCAAUCCAGACCAGAACCUAGCGUCACAGGAACAGCUUCUUCCCCUCUGCCGCCAGACUGUCGAAUUUGUGAUCAGCCUUUGUUGUUUAUUUUAUUUUAUUUUAUUUUUUGUCUGCACUUCAUUCCAGAGUACUUUCCUAGUUGGUGGGAUUCCCACUGACCAUGGCAACAAAUUUGAUUCUGAUUCUGAUUCUGAUGUGACCCAAAUAGCUUCCAGGCACUGUAGACGUGAAAACGUCUUCAGUCUUUCAUUACUUUAUUUGCCUUUGUCAGGAGAUUUUCCAUGGAAGGAUCAUGGUGAAAUACUGAUGUGUUACUUCAGCAAGGCGUUGAACGCUUGGUGGAGACACUCGGCCAAAUGAUGACGUCCUUGAUGUCCAUUCGAUCAACAGGUGGUCCACAAAGUUGGGAGGCACCAGAAAGCUUGCUCGCAUCAUCUGCUCUGAUGGCCACAGUCUGGUUGGGGCCGGUGGAAGCAGAUAAAGAGGAAAAACGCCACGAAGAGUUCUGACGCCUCGUAGUCGUAGUCAAAGUUUCACAUUUGCUGCUGUGAGGCUUCAUGUUCUCCACACAAAGAACCAAGCUAAGCUCCUUCACAUUCCCAUUGUUCAAAGGCUGGAAUAAAAUGGCAUCAAAUUAUGGAUGGAUUUUUCAGGAAACCUCAAACUAGAUUCAAGGUUCUGUUUAGUUGAGCUUUUGUGUUGUGAAGUGAAUACAAGCAGAUAUGCUGCCAGUGUCGUCCUUCGUGCCUUCACCACACUCAGGAUGCCCUGGUUGGUCUCAGCAUCUGUUCUGCUCAGAGUAAAGGUUUGUCUCAGCUGGUAACGUAAACUCCUCACCCAUGCCAGACUAAGCUUGGGGGCGUGAUUGUUGGUGUCCGUCACAUUCAUGAUGACCACAGCUUCACUUGACGAUCCAAAAACCUUUGUAAUCUGCAACAUUGAGUCUUCGUCUGAAGGCUUCAACCACCUGUGGCAGGGAAUCAAUGAGUUGAGCAUCAAUGCGAAAGAGCUUUUAUUGUAGGGUGAUGGUGGGAGCCAGAAGAGUUCAGUCUGAGGGUCACAGUCCAGGCCAUCCACACUGAGGAUGUUUCCUCCCGAUGGUGAGCAUGGUCUUAUCGCGGACGAUCACAGGGACG